UCACAUUUCUUUUAGAGCGGCAUCAUGGCGUCAUUAGCCAGCUAAACAGAUUUACAGUAUUUGAAGAAAGGGAGGGUUAUCUGACGGUUCAUCUAUAACAGUUAAGCGUCAUAAAUUUGAUUGCCAUUAGUUUAACUCAAGUAAUGAAAAAUACACAUAUUUUCGACUAAAAAAUAAGUUAUGGAUAUAUGCAACGGGAGGAUGCGAAAAAUAAGAACCCCAAGAAGUCUGAGGGCUUACAAAAGGCUGGUUGAAGCACAGAACGCUACCGCCAACAUGACGAAGCGGGAGGUGAAACGAGAGGUGUGCAAAGUCCUGAGGUCGCUAGCGGUAGAGAACAACAACGUGGACAUCGAUGUCCCCAUGGAGGAGCACUGUUUCUCUAUGAACUUUAGUAAGAACGAGAACCUCGAGGAGCAUGCCAUGGUUAUGGCACCACGUUACAGUCUGUUGCGAGAGGUCGGAAGGGGCAGCUAUGGGGUAGUGUUCGAGGCAAUUGCACGGAGGACAGGGGCAAGGGUAGCGGUUAAAAAACUCCAGUGUAACGCUCCUGAAAAUGUGGAACUCGCUCUGUCAGAAUUCUGGGCUUUGGCAAGCCUGGAGAAGAAGCACGAGAAUGUGGUGCAGCUCGAGGAAUGUGUGCUACAAAGGAAUGGAAUGGCCCAGAAAAUGAGUCAUGGAAAUAAAAGGUCAAAACAAUACCUGCGGUUGGUGGAGACUUCACUAAAAGGUGAGCGAAUUCUGGGCUACCCGGAGGAGCCGUGCUACCUAUGGUUCAUCAUGGAGUUCUGCGAAGGCGGGGACCUGAACCAGUACAUCCUUUCGCGACGGCCCGAUCCGCGCACCAACAAGAGCUUCAUGCGCCAGCUGACCAGUGCCGUGGCCUUCCUGCACCAGAACAACAUUGUGCACCGCGACCUCAAGCCCGACAACAUCCUCAUCUCCCAGAAGUCAGGGUUGCCUGUCCUCAAAGUGGCUGACUUCGGCCUCAGCAAGGUCUGCGCAGGCUUGGGCAAAGAUGGCAAUGAGCACCCCAAAGCUGGAGGCGACAGAAACAACGUGAACAAGUUCUGGUUGUCGUCAACAUGUGGCUCAGACUUUUUCAUGGCGCCCGAGGUGUGGGAGGGCCACUACACGGCCAAGGCUGACAUCUUUGCCCUGGGAAUCAUCAUCUGGGCCAUGCUGGAGCGGAUCACCUUCAUCGAUGCCGAGUCCAAGCGCGAGCUGUUGGGCACCUACGUGCGUCGGGGCACUGAGAUUGUGCCAGUGGGUGAGGCGCUCCUGGGGAACCCCAAGAUGGUGCUCCACAUCCCGCAGAAGACACGCAGCACCAUGUCUGAGGGGGUGAAGAAGCUUCUGCAGGACAUGCUUGCGGUCAACCCCCUGGACCGGCCCGACGCCUUCCAACUGGAGGUGCUGGUGAACCUAGUCACGUGUGCUGCGUGACACCGCUUCCCUCCCAUUCCCCUUUCUAAACCAUGGCCAGUCUGCUUUUUUACCAGAUGUUUACUAACUCAAUGUGGGAUCCCAAGUCUGUACAGAGGUGGAAAAGGGGACUCUGAUCAUCUCUGAACUUUAAAACCUCUGUGAUUGAGGUCAGCACUUCAAAAAUCAGGACACCAUCUUAGGAAAAGCUAUGCAAUCAAAUCGUAUGGAAAGUCAGGUUCUCUCCCCGCAUCUUCUAUUUUAAAUUUGGAACGUUGUCACCAAAAGCCGAACGACAUUCACCAAUGUGUGAUGGUCAGCUAUGCCAGAACACACCUUGCACACCUGGUUUGAAAUGGCCUGAAGGAGUAAUCAUGAUUAAGUUAUGUUUAUAUUUGAUGUGCUGGUCUUCAAAAUACAUUUUCUCAAUGUUUUUUUUUUUUUCUUUGGUCCAGUUAUGGACGGGUUCUUCCUUUUUCCAAUGUUGACAUGUGUUGUUGGAUGGGGCCACAGGCUAGUAUGAAUGGAUAAUCUGUCAUGUAUGGACUGAGAGGCUAACGUGUUGCACUGUGGACCCUCUAUGCCAGAGGUAUAAAAAGUAUUCCUAAAAUGACCGAUGAUAAUGAUGUAGAAGAAGGGACUCAAUUUCUAUCAUAGAAUUUGUUCUAGGAUGGACAUGAACGUUCUUAUGAUGGGAUAAAUGUCAGACAUUUUGGUCAGGGAGUUGGUCAACCAUGGUUUGACAGUACUAUGAUAAGAAAUUAUGAAAAUAGAAUUUAACUGCACUGCUGACAAACACAAAAAAUACAAAUAAAUUGCCCCUUUACACUGGGGGGGGGGUUGGAGAAGAAUGUUUGUGGGGCGUGGGCAAGGGUAAUUAUUGGCAGUUAAAUUAUUCCAUAAAUGCUUAAAAAGUGGUCUAAAUCUGUCUGGCUAACUAAUAAACAGACAGUGCAGAUACAACCCC